AUGUCCUACACAUUUUUCGAAGAAUGGAUCGCGGCCAUCAGCUUCUGGUCACAGAAAAGUGCCGAUCUCCAACAUACCCUCUCACGCAUCGAUUACACCGCCGACGACCGAACAAAAGCCGAAGUGGAGGCACGAAGCGAAGAAAACAAAUGGAUGGUGCACGAUAUCCCUUGGCAAACACGUCCUGGAUUCGUUGCGUAUGAUCGGAUUGGCCAGCUCUAUAAGUACCUGGACGAACGAUAUAGGGCCGCAGAGCGAGACUACAACUUUGCUCUCGCAUUGGCGUUCGUGGAUCGGAUCCUGGUGGUAUGCCAUAAGGCGGCGUCCAUGGAACGAGUGAAGGGAAACGAAGGGCUUGCAAGCCAGCAGGACGAACUCAAUCGGCGGGCGGGUCACUUUGUCACGGAUGCGCCGUGA